AUGGGAAUCAUUUGCUCACGUUGCCAAAACGAUGUAUAUGCAAGAACAAAAUCUGCUAUUGAUAUCAAAAUACUUUUCGAUGCAGCAGAUCGUCGUGGCUCAUCAAAGAACGUUCGUCGCCUAGUUCAAAAGGCUAUCAGAAAACAACAACUAGAAACCGACAUAGCCGAUGUUAAUUUUCUCGAUUUGAUUUCAUCUUUAUGUGUCGAUAAAAAUAACUACGAUGCUUUGCUUUGUUGUUUUGAUUUGAACAUCGAUCCAAAUAAGAGAAUAAAUGCUAUUGGUGAAACAUUGCUACACAAAGCUGUACAAGUCGAUAAUAUUGACCUACGAAUAAUUGACUUAAUUUUAAAACAAAACACCGAUGUUAAUAUUGACAAUAUACAAAACGAAACACCACUGAUUACUCUCUUUAACACAGCGAACAAAACGAACAUCAAUAAUAAAACUGAAAUUGUGCGACGUCUAAUUAACAGUGGUGCUGAUAUUAACAAACAAGAUAAUCUACAAAAUACCCCAUUGACUGAACUAAUAAAAAUGUCUCAAGCAGGAUUCACAAUUGAUCAAAUGGCUUAUGUUAUUCAGAUGUAUUUGGAUGCUGGUGCAGGUCAAACAUUGAAUAACAGAAAUAUGUUCGGUCACACACCACUUCAUUUGGCAUGUCAAUAUUUUUCAAUAUUUUAUGAUGAACGACAAACAAACGACGAUGAUUAUCAACCAUUUAAAAAACUUUUUUCCAUUCUUUUGACUAAUGGAUCCGAUCCAAACAUAACUGAUUAUACUGGCAGAACAGCAUUACACUUGUCUGUCACAAAUAUCGAUAAUAAUUGUAUUGUCAAACUACUCAAACAAGCUGGCGCUAAUAUGAAUGCAGAAAACAAACUUCUUCAUACACCGUUGUACUCCUAUUGCGUCGAAUUAGCUAACAGAUAUAAUCUAAACGAAGAUCAAACAAAAAUUGUUUCAUUUUUAAAUAUUUUACUAAAUAGUGGAUGUGAAGUGAAUGCAACAGCUAUCGAUAAAACAACAGUACUUCAUUUUGCUGCCGCGAAACUUAGUUUUAUUAUAUGUGAUACACUUAUUCGGUUUAGUAAUGGAAAUAUUCAUGUUCGAGACUAUUUAGAUCGAACACCACUGCAUUUAGCUGCAAGGAACCUAUUAGUCGAUGUAUCCAGAUUAUUCAUCGAUUAUGGCAUUGAUGUCAACAGUGCUGAUGUCUAUGGUUAUACACCUCUCCAUCAUGCAGUCAUCAGAAAAGGGAAUUUAAAUGUGAGAGAUGAAUGGAAUGCAUGUCCACUGCAUUAUGCUGCAUGUGAAGGAAAUUUAGAAACAAUAAAGAGGCUUUUGGAAGCCGGCGCCGAUAAGAGUUUAUGUGAUCGAGAUGGAAAAAACGCCUUUUCUCAUGCUAUGAUUAUGGGCAAUAAAAAAGCAGCACUACUUUUGGCAACUAAUAAAAUGGAAACUGAACUUAUUGAUCGAAGAAUUUUUCCUACAGAUAUCUUCCUACAACCAAUAAAUACUGAAAUAGCACAAUAUUUUUUUACGAUGAAAGAACAAUUAAAAACUAUUGGAAAUGCCGAUGAAGUUACUCGAUCCAUAUUAGAGACACCCGGUAUUGGUCAUGUUGAUUUAUCAAACGGUGAAUGUAAUGAAAUAUUUAUAGCCGUAGAAAAAUAUGUUCGAAACAUUUUGAAUCGAAUAAGUCAGUUAGAUGAUAGAUUCGAUUCAAUGAUUGUAGCAGCAGGCAGUACCCAAGAAAAUGUUAAAGUUGGUUAUCCUGAUGAGUUCGAUUUUAUGUGUUCAUUAACAAAAUUUAAACUAUUAAUCGACUUCUUAGAAUAUGAUGAUAAAAAUCAAGGUUUCGUAAAGGCUAAACUGCUCGAUGAAUGCCUACCGGACAUUUCUGACGAAUUUAAAUCAGAUACAUCAUAUUUAAAUUCGUCGAAUGUUUUACGCUCUUUUAAACGUUUAGCUAUUAGAGCAUCGUACGAUAUAGCAGCUUUCACUGAUCCUCGACUAUCAACAGGAUUAGUAUUAUCCCAUCAACUUGAAAACGCAUUCGAUGAUACAUUACCUUUAAGUGAUUUACCAACCCAUGGUUUAACAUGGCGAGGGAAAGUCUAUAAAUAUUUACCAAUAUCGAUUGAUUUAACACCAGCUAUCUUUCUCCAUGCAUAUCCACCUCAAGCAAAGAAUGUCAGUAUUCUGUUAGACAACCUAAUGUCCAAUCAAGGUGUCUACAUCAUCCCAAAAGAAAGUAAACGACCGAUUGAAGAGUUUAUACCGCUUAAAAAAAUAAAAUAUGAACAGAAGACAAUGGUAUGGCGUUUGUCGUUUUCACAUAUUGAGCAAACAAUUUUCUCUCAAAUAAAUGAAAAUUGGAAGAAUGGCUAUCGUUUAGCUAAAUCGUUUCGUUUAUCACCAUUAUCGUGCAAGUUACGUUUAUUGGUUCCGCCGGAAAUAGUUGAGGUCAGUCAUUAUAAACGAGUAAAAACUAUGAAUGAUUCAACUACAUCUCUUAAUACAAUCGAUUCUGAAAUAAUUCAAAAUACAAUCGAUAUUUUCCAAGAAGAUGAAAUUGAAUUUAAUGGAUUAAGCGCAAUUCACAGUUACCAUUUGAAAAAUAUAUUUCUCUCUUACAUCGAUGAAUGUCUUCGUCUUAAUAUAACGCACAGACCUUGCUGUCUAGCGAGAAUAUUGUACGAAAAAUUAAUUGAAUGUGAUAAACAAGGCUACUUAUCAUCUUAUUUCAUGCCCAAACAAAAUUUAUACUAUUAUAGCUUUUAUCAUAAUUUGAAACUAAAGAUCGAAAAUGCUACGUUAAUCUAUUCUCAGUUUAUUUUGGAUACAAUGAAUGAAUUAAAUUUUUAA